UAAAGAAACCGUACAGAACAGAAGCCCUGCGCGAGCGAAAGAAGACAAUUUGAACAAACUUCACGCUUCCGAGCGGGUGCCGAGUGCCGAUGCCCGUGACCAGUUGAAGGUUUUUGGCCAAGGUUUUCCGCGUCCACUGCUCUUACAUUUCGUACCAAUCCCAAACUGUGCACUUCCCGCACAACACUGGUUUGUGCAGCGCAAACCAGCUGCUUUGUCCCCCUCCAACAACAAUUGAACACAAAGCACACAAUUGUGACAGUAGCGUUUGACGUUUGUGUUUGACAACCGCUGAAAAUCGGAGAAUCGGAGAAAUGUUUUUGUGAAACAUUCAAGUCGAGCGCAGUCGAAGAAUUACGUUCGUUUUUAAACAAACGCAGACUUUGUUGGUCUAAAUUGAAGCCCGUGGCAUCAUGUCCUCCAAGUAUAACAAUGACCUGGAAUCUAGCAGCUUUCUGGGAAUGGAAUCUUUCGAACCGGAAGAAUCGUCCGACUAUUGGCAAACGAAAGACGCUAGCGAUGCUGUCCCGCAGUGGACGAAAGGACUCACCCAGGACGACAUGAACGCCAUUUACCAAAUGGGAGCACUCUCGACCAACGGGCUACUGGCGGAGGUGAAGAAAAUAUUUGACCAAUCCUACCAGCUCGGUCUGCAGGAGGCCAAAGAAGUGACUAAGGGCAAAAACUUGAACAUAUUGUCCAACACAAAGCGAAAGUGAGCAGACUAUUCACGGCAGUUCUACCAAAUAAUGCUCGAUUUCGGAGAAAUUUAAUAAAACCUUACUUAGC